AUGGAUCUCUAUGACGGAACGUCCGAUCCAAGCCACCAUCUCAGUAAUUUCAGAAGCCGAAUAUACUUGGCCGACGCCUUCGACGCCACUCGUUGCAAGGCCUUUCCGACUACUCUAACCAAGACCGCAAUGAAAUGGUUUGACGGCCUGCCCCCCAGGUCAGUCACUAGCUUUGACGACCUGGCCAGAAAUUUUUUUACCAAAUUCUCCGUCCAGAAAGACAAAAUGAAGCACGCCCCGAGCCUACUAGGAGUAAAGCAAAAGGUCAGGGAGACCCUUCGCGACUACAUGGAAAGAUUCAACAAAGCUUGCUUGGAAAUUCAGAAUCUACCAACUGAAGUUAUAAUUAUGGGUCUGGUCAAUGGCCUCAAAGAAGGACCAUUCUCUCAAUCCAUAUCCAAAAAAUACCCGACUUCUUUGAACGAGAUCCAAGAAAGGGCAAAAAAAUAUAUCAACAUUGAAGAAAACUCUCGACUUAGAGAACCUCCCCUUCGAUCCAACCUACCCUACUAUCCAAGCCAGGACAAAGAAAGGGAGCCCAAGAAGAAAGAAGAGCAAAGUGUGGAAAAGCCUCGAAAGUACCACAACUACACCCCUCUAAGGGUUUCCCUAGUCGAUGUCUAUAGGGAGAUAUGCCACAUGGAGAAGCUUCCGCCUCCCCAUUCGAUUAAACAUAAGAAAGCUGGAAGUCGGACUAAAUAUUGUGAGUAUCACAAGCUAUACGGGCACCCCACUAAUGAAUGCUAUGAUCUCAAGAAUGUCAUCAAAAAGUUGGCCAGGGAAGGCCGACUUGAUAGAUACCUGGCAGACAGGUCGGACGACCCGAGGAAGAGAAUAAGGGAUGAAGAAGGAGGACGACCAUAUUGCCCUCCUCACACCCCUGAAUGA